CGAGCCCCAGCGGCAGGUGCAUCUGUCCACCUGCCGGUGUGCUGCUCACGGCGGGAGGGCCGAGCCCCAGCUGCAGGUGCAUCUGUCCACCUGCCGGUGUGCUGCUCACGGCGGGAGCCAGAAGACUGCUACGCGAAGCGCCCAUCCCUGCUGCAAAGGACACCCUGGCUCAGAAACCGCCGGAAAGCCGUUUCCAGAGGGGGUGCGGAGAGCCCAGGCGGGUGACUCACGUGGCCCCCUGACCACGGCAGCAGCUGGCGGAAAAGGUCUCUGGCCACACGGACCCCUCUGCACACUGAGCAGCCCCAGGGCUCUGUGGGAACCCCUCAGCAGCUGCAUUGCCGGCGUCGGCUGAGGGACAGAGAUUCAGGAUGGGGGGGCGCUGGCAGACUUCCCAAAAUCCACAGCAGCAAGGAACCCGGACGGGAGCACCGAGCUGCAAACCUGUGCUGCCCUGAGACACAGGGUCAGCAGCCAGCAGCCUCCGUGGGCCCAGAGGGUGGGCACGGCGCCGGUGGGAAUCCUGCUCAGACCCCGAACGCCAGCACACUUUUCCUGCUCGGCUGACUUCCGUCUGCCCCCCCCCCCCCCGUUCUCCCUUUGGGGAUGGGAGCUUGCUGCAGUCUGGAAGCCAAGAACGUGUUUUGCAGUUUCACAGGUCCGGAGGCCAAGUCCCCCCGCCCAGGGACGCCUGGAACCAAGGGCAGUACAAUCCCUGGGAGCAGUGCUGUGUUCAUACACACGUGUGCACCCAGACACCUACGCCUGCACACACACACGCGCAGCGAGCGCCUUCUCGUUGGCCAAGCACUUAGCAGGUGCCGGGGCUGUUGCAGUCUGAGGUGUGACAGCAAAACCAGCACCUUGGCUGACGUAGGCCACUGAGACCCAGGGAAGGCACAGUGGGGCUACAGCAGGGUUCUGCACCUGACUCAGUGAACUUCGACCACUUCCAGAUCCUGCGUGCCAUCGGGAAGGGCAGCUUUGGCAAGGUGUGCAUCGUGCAGAAGCGGGACUCGGAGAAGAUGUACGCCAUGAAGUACAUGAGCAAGCAGCAGUGCAUCGAACGCGACGAGGUCCGCAACGUCUUCCGGGAGCUGCAGAUCCUGCAGGGGCUGGAGCACGUCUUCCUGGUCAACCUCUGGUACUCCUUCCAGGACGAGGAGGACAUGUUCAUGGUGGUGGACCUGCUUCUGGGCGGGGACCUGCGCUACCACCUGCAGCAGAACGUGCAGUUCUCCGAGGACACCGUGAGGCUGUACAUCUGCGAGAUGGCGCUGGCCCUCGACUACCUGCGGAGCCAGCACAUCAUCCACAGGGACGUCAAACCCGACAACAUUCUGCUGGACGAGCAAGGACACGCCCACCUGACCGACUUCAACAUCGCCACCAUCGUGAAGGACGGGGAGAGGGCGACGGCGCUGGCUGGCACCAAGCCCUACAUGGCCCCAGAGAUCUUCACCUCCUUCGCCAGCGGGGGGACCGGCUACUCGUUCGAGGUGGACUGGUGGUCGGUGGGGGUGAUGGCCUACGAGCUGCUGCGAGGAUGGAGGCCCUACGACAUCCACUCGAGCAACGCCGUGGAGUCCCUGGUGCAGCUGUUCGGCACCGUGAGCGUGCAGUACGCGCCCUCCUGGUCCAAGGAGAUGGUGGCCCUGCUGCGAAAGCUCCUCACCGUGAACCCUGAGCACCGGUGCUCCAGCCUCCAGGACGUGCAGGCGGCACCCGCCCUGGCCGACGUGCCGUGGGCUGCCCUGAGCGAGAAGAAGGUGGAGCCAGGCUUCGUGCCCAACAAAGGCCGCCUGCACUGCGACCCCACCUUCGAGCUGGAGGAGAUGAUCCUGGAGUCGAGGCCCCUGCACAAGAAGAAGAAGCGGCUGGCCAAGAACAAGUCGCGGGACAACAGCAGGGACGGCUCCCAGUCGGAGAACGACUACCUGCAGGACUGCCUGGACGCGAUCCAGCAAGACUUCGUGAUCUUCAACAGGGAAAGGCUGAAGAGGAGCCAGGACCUCAUGAACGAGCCGCCCCCCAUCCCCGAGCCCGGGGCCGCGGUGGAGCCUGGGGCCGAUGGCGAGGUGGAGCCCUCCGCCCUGCCCAUGUGUGGCUCUCUCUGCCCCUCGGCCGGGAGCAGCUAGGCCAGAGGCGGCGCCAUGGGGGCAGCUGACUCGGACACUAUGGAGGCUCGGACCAGCCGUGGGAGGCGCAGCCCCAGAUGCCUGCAAGGAGCCCAGGCCACGUCUCGCACCCACAGUGCAGGGCGACACUGGCUCUGGGGGGGGCGUGGGUGCCUGCGCAGUGCCACCUGGGCCCCAGCCCCUCGCGGUGUGCAGGGAGCCACCUUGCCCCAGCUGCCCUCCGCCCGCGGCCUGGCGGGCCGGGAGCCCUGGGCCCUGAGACUCAGCGGGACGCUGCCCCGCCACCCGCACGUUCACUGGCCGGGGCCGGGGCCGAGGGAGGGAAGGGAAGGACGUUUUCUACUGAAGCCGAGUGCCGGGCGUCUGUAGUUCCCGCCGCAGACAUUACAGCGUGAGAACCAUCA